GCUCGGUUAAACCACACGUGGAUUUCUCGUGGACUCACCUGGAAAUUCGAUUCAACAUUCCGAUGUUACUCUCAAAUACCUGGCCACGUUAUCAGUUCGCUAAGAUGAAGGUAGUCCAGCUUAGUGUUUUCUAAGUUGGCGCUCAGUCGAAUCGCUAACUUGACCGCAUACAGUUGGCAGAAGCCGGUUCGAGGAACCGAACUUGAUCUUUGUCCAUUCGUAUGGGAGCUGCCCCCUGCGAGCGCAGUUCUUGUAUCCAUAUUUGGAAAUCAGUGGCAUCAGAAGCGAGUGUGGUUGACCGAUUACAGUGCGUCCAGAUACAUGAGUCGACGCUAAUACAGUUUAGUACUUCGUGGUUUUAGUGAAUGGCAUAGUACAAUAACAAUAGUGAAAAUUGAGGUGAAAGAAACAUUUCGAUAGACGGUUCAGCCAUGGAAAUCACUCGCUCCGAACAACUUUUUACUAACAGCAGUGACAGCGGCGACAGUGUGAAGAAGGGCGAAGCCGGCGAGCAGGAUCAAGAGGUUUGGAAGCUGGUGCUCACCGUGAUUGGGAUUAUCCUCGGAGUACUCAUCCUAAUGUAUCUUAUUCGGAAAUUCAUUCAAGGUGGCCAAUAUAUGAAGAAAAAUCGAAUUGACGGUAAAGUAGUUAUAAUAACCGGAUGCAAUACUGGGAUUGGCAAAGAAACCGCCAAGGAGUUGGCUAAACGAGGAGGUAAAAUUUAUAUGGCAUGUCGAGAUCCUAAGCGCUGUGAGGAAGCUCGAUUAGAAAUCAUCGAUAAAACCAAGAACACGAAUAUUUUCAAUAGAACGCUAGAUCUGUCGUCGUUGGAGUCAGUUAGGAAAUUUGCAGCUAAGUUCAAAGAAGAGGAAUCAAGACUAGACAUUUUGAUAAACAACGCAGGGAUCAUGGCUUGCCCAAAGGGUCUCACAAAAGAUGGCUUCGAACUGCAGAUUGGUGUGAAUCACAUGGGACACUUCUUGUUGACAAACCUUUUGCUGGACCGUUUGAAAGAAUCCGCACCAAGUCGCAUCGUUGUUCUCUCCAGCCAUGCUUACAUGACCGGAAAAAUCAACAAAGCUGAUCUAAACAGUGAAAAGUCGUACAACAAAGUUGCUGCCUAUUCACAAAGCAAACUUGCAAACAUAUUAUUCACACGCUAUUUGAGCAAAAAAUUGGAAGGUACAGGUGUUGUCGUAAAUUGUUGUCACCCAGGGGUUGUUAAGACUGAGCUCGGUCGGCACAUCGUCUCCGGUGUAUGGAAGAAUAUUACCUCACCACUGAUGUCUUGCUUCUUUAAAACUGCGAAAUCUGGAGCACAGACUUCUAUCAAGUUAGCUAUUGAUCCAGAUAUGGAGAAGGUUUCCGGAAAUUAUUACAGUGAUUGCAUUAAAUUCCCAACACUGAACCGAACUAAAGACGAUAGUACAGCAGAAUGGCUAUGGAAAGUAAGUGAAGAAUGGACUGGUUUGGCCCCGAAAACCGAGAAAUCGACAAUUGAAAUAGAUAUUAGCAGUGAGGGGAAAGUGGUUGAAAAGACAAAAUAAUUUAACGAAUUUGCAAUGCUAAUUUUGUUCAAUGGUUUAUUGGCGGCAUUCAAUUGUAAUGUGUUACUCCCGACGCGAUUUGUAACGACAAUUUGUCUUAAUUAUUUUAUUUUGUUGAUAAGAAUAAAUAGUUAGGAACUUAA